CUAUUCUCAUUGGAAUCUAUCCUGGCAACACCGGCGUAGUCGUACUACCUAGUUUAUUGGUCUCUGGUCUUUGUCUCUGGUACUAACUCUUGACUAACUCUAUGGUAUAAGGUCUUGAAUUGAGUUGAAUACAAAUUGGUAAAGCCGAUAAAAUCGUGAUAAACUUCUACAAUUAAACGAAAAUAAACAAAAUGGUGUCGCUAAAUCCCAUAAGAAUACUCAAAAAUGAAGCAGAAGAAGAAAAAGCGGAAAUUGCUCGGAUGUCUAGUUUCAUAGGUGCAAUCGCUAUCGGCGACUUGGUGAAAAGUACCCUAGGCCCCAAAGGAAUGGACAAAAUACUAGUAUCUGGAGGCAGAAACGCUGGCCAGGUGGAAGUAACAAACGACGGUGCUACCAUACUAAAAUCUAUUGGAGUAGAUAAUCCCGCUGCUAAAAUUCUAGUAGACAUGUCUAAGGUUCAGGAUGAUGAAGUUGGUGAUGGCACUACCUCUGUAACUGUUUUGGCUGCUGAAUUGCUCCGAGAGGCUGAAAAGCUUGUUGAACAAAAGUUGCACCCUCAAAUCAUCAUUGCCGGUUGGCGUAUUGCUUCUGAGGCUGCAAAACAAGCUCUGGCUGAGGCUAGCUUUGAUCAUGAAAUAAAUUUCAAUGAAGCUGCUCUCCGUUCUGACCUUGAAAACAUUGCUCGCACAACACUCAGCUCUAAAAUUUUGUCCAACCAUAAAGAGCAUUUCACAAAGUUGGCAGUGGAUGCAGUUCUAAGGCUUAAGGGGUCUGGAAAUCUUAAAGCGAUCCAGAUUAUAAAGAUCCCUGGUGGUGUACUUGAAGAGUCAUUCCUGGAUGAAGGUUUCCUGCUAAAUAAGAAGGUUGGAGUACAUCAGCCCAAAAAGAUAGAGAAUGCAAAUAUAUUGAUUGCUAACACCCCCAUGGACACUGAUAAGAUAAAAAUAUUUGGUUCCACAAUCAAAGUGGACUCCAUGGCCAAGAUUGCUGAAUUAGAAGUAGCAGAGAAAGAAAAAAUGAAGGACAAAGUAAAGAAGAUUCUAGACCAUAAAUGCAAUGUAUUCAUCAACAGGCAACUUAUCUACAACUACCCAGAACAGUUGUUCGCUGACGCAAAUGUGAUGGCGAUCGAGCAUGCAGACUUUGACGGCAUUGAGCGGCUCGCGCUGGUUACCGGUGGAGAAAUUGUAUCUACGUUUGAUACGCCUGAAAAAGUUAAACUUGGACAUUGCAAACUUAUUGAACAGGUGUUGAUUGGUGACGAGUGCCUUAUCCGCUUCUCUGGUGUGGAGCUCGGCUCUGCGUGCACUAUUGUGAUUCGUGGAGCUACGCAACAAGUCAUCGACGAGGCAGAGAGAUCGCUGCACGAUGCUCUCUGUGUACUCGCCGCUACUGUCAAAGAGCCUAAAGUUAUCUAUGGUGGAGGCGCUAGCGAGAUGUUGAUGGCGGAGGCGGUGUCGCGCGUGGCGGCGCGCACGGCGGGCAAGGAGUCCGCGGCGGCGGAGGCCUUCGCCGUGGCGCUGCGCCGUCUGCCCUCCGCCGUGGCCGACAACGCCGGCUACGACAGCGCCGACCUCAUCUCGCGCCUGCGCGCACACCACGCCCAGGGAGAGUCCACCAUGGGACUCGACAUGCAGAACGGCCGUGUGGGUGACAUGAAGACUCUGGGCAUCACAGAAUCGUACGUUGUAAAACGCCAAGUAUUGUUAUCGGCUGCCGAGGCUGCAGAAAUGAUCCUUCGCGUGGACAACAUUCUCAAAGCGGCGCCGCGUCGUCGUGGUCCCGAUCGUCGUCCCUGCUAAGAUGAUUCCGAAAUACAGAGCUUGGACCACCUACAAUAUACAUUUAUCACUUUUAUAAUAAAAGUGAUACAAGUUACAUAAUAUAGACUAAUCCCAGGCUCUCCUCAUUUUUAUUACAAUGCAAUGCUUUAAUAGUGAAUACUUAUCAGUGUGACUUUUGAAACCAUUUUUUAUUAGGGCUUAUUUUUCUUUUACUUUUCCUUCUAGUAAGGCUAGGAAAACAUGCAUUGACUAAUGCAUUUGUCUUUUAGUUCGAUAAUGUCACAGCUAUCACUGUUACUUCGAUCGGUGAUAAUGCCUUAUUACGAAAUGUAUUAACAAGAAUUAACAAUUAUUUAAUAAAAUAUUACUUUCACAA